GGUGGGGAAAUUUACAAACGAAAUCAUAUCAACUUACUGUGCUGUUUUCUGAUUCAUCCAGUAUUCUCUGAUCUGACGCUUGAGUGACAAUAAACCCACCAUCAGCAGUACCAGUGGCCUGUCUCAUUAUUGUACACAACGCAGAGAGUGCGAACACCGGUUACAGUGGUGCCGUGACCCGGAUGAAGAUCAGCUCUUCUGGAAUCUUCAUCCAAAGAUCAAUGUCGUUUGGUCGCCGGUGGAUGCUGCACUUCAAUCAAGGUUUUGAUGAACUGUGAUAGAGAGCAUUGCACUUUCAUCAAACUGGACACUUCACUAUAUCCUUUCUUUAUUUCUAUUUGAAUUUAAUAUACCUGUUUUCCUGUUUAACAUAUAUAUUUUUUGGUAGUUGUUCUCCGAUGCUGGUUUAUCUAUUCUAAAAUUUUAUUCAAUGUUUGAUCAUUUACAUGCCAAUAAGUAGUAAUGGCAUAUGGUUUCAAAGCAGACAGUUUUAAGGGUGAGGAGAACAUGUCAGAUUUAACUUUCGGAAGGGGAAGACUUUUUGCUAAUUCAUCUACGCCUGUUGCAGGGAGGGGUAGUGUGGGACGAACUUCUGAAUGUUGUUCUACCCGGGUAACUGAACAAACACCUAGUCAGUUAAGGAGUAACCCAUUUUUGGCUAGCCCAGAUUUAAAUGAUACUGCAUGGCAAAAUCUCAUAACACACAUUGCUCAAGAAGUAGGACAGACUUUGAUUUCUGUUCAAGGUGGGGGAAGAUAUGGGGAAGGAGAAACUAAUAAUGCACAGACACAGAGUCCAGUUGCUGGUCAGUCAUUCACAGAAACACCCUCACUUAAUUUGACAGGAGUCAAAUUAGUCAUGCAAUCUGAAGUAAGAGAGCCUCCUGUGUUCCGAGGUGAUGGAACAGAUAAGUUCACUGUGCAUGAGUGGGAGGAUUUACUGGACACAUACCUGCGUAAAAGAGGCAUACCAGCUUCCGAGCAUUAUCAUGAAAUCCUUUCCAGGCUGCUGGGUAAGGCCAAAGACAUUGUAAAAAUAACCCUACGCAGCAACACAUCUCUAAAAUCUUCUGAGAACCCCAGAGUGAUAUUCGAUAUCCUAAAGCAACAUUUCAGUGAAGUCAGAUUCUCCUCUAUGCCUUUAGCAGAUUUCUACAGCACAGUUUCCGUUAUUGGAGAGAACCCAGUUGAGUAUUGGGUCCGGUUGAAUAAGGCUGUGGAUGCUGCUGAAGAGGCUUUGAAAAGACUUGGGCGACAGAUGGAUAAUCCUUGUCAGGAGGCAGCCAUGAUGUUUGUCAAAUACUGUCCGGACCCCAGCUUGUCAGCCGUUUUCCGUUUGAAAGCAGCAGACAAGUGGACAGCGAGUGAGGUACAAGAGCAUCUAGACAGAUAUCAGGUUGAGCAAAAAGAACAGUUGGCAAUUAAAUCUAAGCGCAAUGUUACAAUGAGGAAUGUUGCAGUUCACCGACAGUCACUCGUGGAGAAUGAGAUGAUGGCUAGUGGCUCCCCAGUCGUGGCAUCUGAACCUUCUAACACUUUGUAACUGCUAUUUAUUUGUUAGGUGGGGAAAUUUACAAACGAAAUCAUAUCAACUUACUGUGCUGUUUUCUGAUUCAUCCAGUAUUCUCUGAUCUGACGCUUGAGUGACAAUAAACCCACCAUCAGCAGUACCAGUGGCCUGUCUCAUUAUUGUACACAACGCAGAGAGUGCGAACACCG